CUUGAGCCCCCUGCACCUAUGACGGUGGACCAGCGGGCAAUGAUCGACGAGGAGAACGGGCUGCGUGAGCUUUUUGCCACCCGGCGGGAGGAUGCGGCGAUCAGCAACCCGUACGUGGGUCUGGUCAAUGUUCAUGGCGAGAUGGACACGUUCCGGUACGCGGCCGAGACGCCCGAAGAGGCGGCGGUGCCUAAGCUGCUGACGCGGGAUCGUGUGGCGAUUGUGCCCGGCGAGUCAUCGGUGGUGGACGCGGCGACGUUUGCGUCGCGGUGGGAGGCGUUUUCCAAGGGCGUGUUCAAGGGCAUGAACUGGAACAACAUGUUUGUGGCCGGUGGUGCGGUGCUGUCGAACGUGCAGGUGGCGCCAUCACCCGGAGCGCAGGGCUCGGACAUUGACAUUUUCCUCUACGGGCUGCCGACCGACGCAGCGGCCAACGCCAAGCUCCGCGAGAUCCAUGCGACGAUCCAGGCCAACUCUGGCGCUAACUGCGACGUCAUCCGGACGCACCGGGCGGUGACGAUCAUCGGUGAGUACCCGUUCCGGCACAUCCAGAUCAUCCUCAAGGUGUACAAGUCGCCAGCCGAGGUCCUUCUCGGCUUUGACGUCGACUCGUGCUGCGUCGGCUAUGAUGGGACGAGCGUGUGGACGGCCAAGCGGGCGCGGCGGGCGCUCAACAAGGGCUACAACCUGGUGAACAUGACGCGGCGGUCACUGACGUACGAGACGCGGCUGAAGAAGUACGCCAAGCGCGGGUAUGCUGUGGCGGUGCCGAACCUCGACAAGGCGCGAGUUGACCCGAACAUUCUCACGCGGAGCGAGAAGAACGCGCAGGGUCUGGCCAAGCUGCUCAUCUACGAGUACCAGUCGCGGCACGGCUCAUUCCGGAAGUCGUACUCACGCGAGACCGGGACGGCAGUCAACCAGUACACCGUGGAUGCUGUCGAAGAGUACGAGACCAUCCACACGGCGUCCGAUUAUGCUGACGUGUUCAUCCCGUGGGGCCCGCGCUGGUACUCGAAGCAGAUCCUUCGCCUGCUCUCCAAGAAGGACCGGGCGCAGUAUUUCCAGCAGGCGCGCUCCAACUUUCAGCACAAGCACAUCUUUGUGUCGGGCAUUGACGCCGCCGUCAACGGCCCGGUCGGCCACGAGGUCUGGUGCAUCCACUGCCGCUCCAAGCUGCAGCUGGAGGCCGAUGCUUCUGGCAAGUACGUGAGCAACCAGCUGACCUGGCUUCGCGACACGCCGGCCAUGCAGGACUUUGAGAACGGCCGGACGCGGACCCUCAUCACCGGCUCGUUCUUCCCCACCAUCGAGUCCAACUGGAUGAAGAACUGCUACCUGCCCGACGGCGCCCCGGCCCCGUCGCCGCACCCCCUUCAGAUCAGCGGCGGGGGCGCGAGCAGCUCGCGCUAUGGCGACGGUGGCUUCAAUAAGCGGAAGUCAUCCAAGGUGGCGAAGAAGAAGCAGGCUGCGAGGAAGCAGACUGCCAAAAAGUCAUCGUCCAGCAUGUUUGGUGGAUCCUCCAAGCAGUCGAGCCCGUUCGGUUCCAAGCAGUCGCCCAGCCUGUUUGGCACCAAGAUAGCCAACCCAUUCGGCGCGCCCGCCCAGCCACAGCCCGCCGAGAACCAGUACGCUGCCAACCCGUUCGGCGCGCCCGCCCAGCCGCAACCGGCCCAGAACCAGUACGCUGCCAACCCGUUCGGCGCGCCCGCCCAGCCGCAACCGGCCCAGAACCAGUACGCUGCCAACCCGUUCGGCGCGCCCGCCCAGCCGCAGCCGGCCCAGAACCAGUACGCUGCCAACCCGUUCGGCGCGCCCGCUCAGUCGGCGCCGGCCCAGAACCAGUACGCUGCCAACCCGUUCGGCGCGCCCGCUCAGUCGGCGCCGUCGCUCUCGGCCAAUGACAUGCGGCGACAGGCCGGCAUGGGCGGGUUUGGCCAGUCGCAGCCGCAGCCGCAGUCGCCGAACCCGUCGUUCGGCGCUUCCGCGAGCGGCACCGCCGCCGGCUCCCUGCAGUCUGUCAUCGCAUCCAAGGUCCAGCCGUCGAUGAACCCGAUGUCGGUCGCGCUCAUCAUCAUCAAGCUCUUCAACAAGGCCGGCAUGAUUGACUCGGACGCCAAGAAUACCCUCAAGGACCUUGCCCUCCAGCAAGACUACCGCAUCUGGGGCGCCAUCGACUCGUUCCACAUCGACAACGACGUUGAGGAUCUUGCCGACACCUUCAACCGCGUCAUCAAGAUCACCAGGGCCAACAGUACCUUCUCUGGCCCGAGCAACUUUUAAAACAAAUGCUCCACACC